CCUAAUGAUUUAUGUUAACUAUUAGUAGAGCAUAUUGUUGAAUACAAAGCUGAAUGUGCUUUGUACGGAGUACAGUCUUGGCAAACGCUGCUUGAUUGGCUGCUCUGAAGAUUCUCUCUCCCCCUCCCCAUCUCUGUAAAGAAUUUCUACAAGGGCAUUUUGGGUUGUUUUGUGCCCCCCACCCCCGGAAUGAUUGCAAAGUGGAUGUGGUUCAGGGAACCAACCUUUAAUGGCAGAGAUUUUUAAAGACUGAAGCUGAUGAAAAUAUCAGAGGAUGGCAGCCAGGGAAGAAAGCAGCAAGCCCCAAAGGCGAGAGAGCAGAAGAAGCUGCAGCAGAAGCCCUGCCGAGCCCAGACUGCCACAACUGGUGGAGGUCUCCCAUACCAGAAGCCAAGACAAACAACUGGGGGAAGCAACUUCCAGAGAGGUAUUCCAAACAGGGAAGACUACAAAACCUGAACAUCUUUCCAGUUGGCACCCUCGGGUGAGGCCUGAGAAUCCAAAACAAGGAUCUUUCCGAAAUGAUGGUUUAAAAGCUGCUGAUGUCCUUCCCAUACUAAAGGAAAAAGUUGCCUUUGUUUCAGGUGGCCGUGAUAAACGGGGAGGUCCCAUCCUGACAUUUCCAGCACGCAGCAAUCACGACAGAAUAAGGCAGGAAGACCUUCGGAAACUUGUGACUUACUUGGCUAGCGUGCCAAGUGAAGAUGUCUGCAAACGAGGGUUUACUGUCAUCAUUGAUAUGAGGGGGUCUAAGUGGGACCUGAUCAAGCCCCUAUUGAAGACUCUUCAGGAGGCCUUCCCUGCAGAAAUUCAUGUUGCCCUGAUAAUCAAGCCUGAUAACUUCUGGCAGAAGCAGAAGACAAAUUUUGGAAGUUCCAAAUUUAUCUUUGAGACAAGCAUGGUCUCUGUUGAAGGCCUAGCAAAACUGGUGGAUCCCUCCCAACUAACAGAGGAAUUUGAAGGAUCCUUGGAUUACAAUCAUGAUGAAUGGAUAGAGUUGAGAGUUUCAUUGGAAGAGUUUUUCAACAGUGCCAUCCAUUUGUUAUCCAGGCUAGAGGACCUUCAGGAAAUGUUGGCUAGGAAGGAAUUUCCAGUGGAUGUGGAGGGCUCAAGAAGACUAAUAGAUGAACACACACAGCUCAAGAAGAAAGUAAUUAAAGCUCCAGUAGAAGAAUUGGAUCGUGAGGGCCAGAGGUUAUUACAAUGCAUACGGUGCAGUGAUGGUUUUUCUGGUAGGAACUGCAUUCCUGGCAGUGCAGAUUUCCAAAGUCUUGUGCCAAAGAUCACCAGCCUUUUGGACAAGCUGCAUUCAACUCGGCAACACUUGCAUCAGAUGUGGCAUGUCCGGAAACUGAAACUAGACCAGUGUUUUCAACUUCGACUUUUUGAGCAAGAUGCAGAAAAGAUGUUUGAUUGGAUCAGUCACAACAAAGAGUUGUUCCUGCAGAGCCACACUGAAAUUGGAGUGAACUACCAACAUGCCCUGGAUUUGCAGACACAGCAUAAUCAUUUUGCUAUGAAUUCUAUGAAUGCCUACGUGAAUAUAAAUCGCAUCAUGUCGGUUGCAUCCAGGCUUUCAGAGGCAGGCCAUUAUGCAUCUCAACAAAUUAAACAAAUUUCUACGCAGCUAGAUCAAGAAUGGAAGAGCUUUGCUGCAGCCCUGGAUGAGCGCAGCACUAUACUAGCAAUGUCUGCUGUGUUUCACCAGAAGGCUGAACAGUUCCUUUCUGGUGUAGAUGCCUGGUGUAAAAUGUGCAGUGAAGGAGGCCUCCCCUCUGAAAUGCAAGACCUUGAACUGGCCAUCCAUCAUCAUCAGUCCCUUUAUGAACAGGUCACCCAAGCCUACACGGAGGUAAGCCAGGAUGGAAAGGCUUUGCUGGAUGUCUUACAGCGUCCCUUGAGUCCGGGGAAUUCGGAAUCUCUUACUGCCACAGCUAAUUAUUCCAAGGCUGUUCACCAAGUUUUGGAUGUGGUCCAUGAGGUCUUGCAUCACCAACGGCGUUUGGAGAGCAUCUGGCAGCACAGGAAGGUCCGGUUACAUCAGAGGCUUCAACUUUGUGUUUUCCAGCAAGAUGUUCAGCAGGUAUUGGACUGGAUUGAAAACCAUGGGGAAGCCUUCCUUAGUAAACACACUGGAGUGGGAAAAUCCCUGCAUCGGGCACGAGCUCUUCAGAAAAGACAUGACGAUUUUGAAGAAGUAGCACAGAAUACCUAUACUAAUGCAGACAAGCUACUGGAAGCAGCAGAGCAGUUGGCUCAAACCGGAGAGUGUGACCCUGAAGAGAUCUACAAGGCAGCACGGCAUCUGGAAGUACGGAUUCAGGACUUUGUCAGAAGAGUGGAGCAGAGGAAGCUUCUUUUGGACAUGUCUGUAUCCUUCCACACUCAUACCAAAGAGCUGUGGACAUGGAUGGAAGACCUGCAGAAGGAGCUCUUGGAAGAUGUUUGUGCUGACUCAGUGGAUGCUGUUCAAGAACUCAUUAAGCAGUUCCAGCAGCAGCAAACAGCUACCCUCGAUGCAACCCUCAAUGUAAUCAAAGAAGGUGAAGAUCUAAUCCAGCAGCUCAGGGAUUCAGCAGUCUCUAACAAUAAAACGCCACACAAUAGUUCCAUCAGCCACAUUGAAUCUGUCCUCCAGCAGCUUGAUGAAGCCCAAGUACAGAUGGAAGAGCUCUUUCAUGAGAGAAAGAUUAAGCUAGACAUUUUCCUUCAGCUCCGAAUUUUUGAACAGUACACCAUUGAGGUAACAGCUGAGUUAGAUGCCUGGAAUGAGGACUUGCUAAGGCAAAUGAAUGAUUUCAAUACUGAGGACCUGACCCUGGCGGAGCAGCGCCUGCAGAGACACACAGAGCGGAAGCUGGCAAUGAACAACAUGACCUUUGAGGUCAUCCAGCAAGGGCAAGAUUUGCACCAGUACAUCAUGGAAGUCCAAGCUUCAGGCAUUGAAUUGAUCUGUGAAAAAGACAUUGAUCUAGCAACACAAGUGCAAGAACUGCUGGAAUUUCUUCAUGAGAAGCAACAUGAGCUGGAGCUCAAUGCUGAUCAGACGCACAAGCGGCUGGAGCAGUGCCUUCAGCUCCGACACUUGCAGGCAGAGGUCAAGCAGGUCCUUGGCUGGAUCCGGAAUGGAGAAUCAAUGCUCAAUGCCAGCCUUGUCAAUGCAAGUUCACUGUCAGAAGCUGAGCAGCUCCAGAGAGAGCAUGAGCAGUUCCAGCUGGCCAUAGAGUCCCUCUUUCAUGCCACUUCCUUGCAGAAGACGCACCAGAGUGCCCUCCAGGUGCAGCAGAAGGCGGAGGUAUUGCUGCAGGCUGGGCACUACGAUGCUGAUGCCAUAAGGGAAUGCGCAGAAAAGGUGGCACUGCACUGGCAGCAACUAAUGUUGAAGAUGGAAGACAGGCUGAAGCUGGUUAAUGCAUCUGUCGCUUUUUAUAAAACCUCAGAGCAGGUUUGCAGUGUGCUAGAGAGUUUGGAACAGGAAUAUCGAAGAGAUGAAGACUGGUGUGGAGGUCGGGAUAAGCUUGGACCAGCAUCUGAAAUAGACCAUGUCAUCCCCUUAAUCAGCAAACAUCUGGAACAAAAAGAAGCCUUUCUCAAGGCCUGCACACUAGCACGAAGGAAUGCAGAAGUGUUUCUCAAGUACAUUCACCGAAACAACGUCAGCAUGCCAGGGGGAGUGAGCCAUACGAGGGGACCUGAGCAACAAGUCAAAGCCAUUCUGAGUGAGCUGCUGCAGAGAGAGAACAGAGUUCUUCACUUCUGGACCUUGAAGAAACGGCGAUUAGAUCAGUGCCAGCAGUAUGUGGUCUUUGAGCGUAGUGCUAAGCAGGCCUUAGACUGGAUUCAGGAAACAGGAGAGUAUUAUCUUUCUACUCACAACUCUGCGGGGGAAUCAGCAGAAGAAACUCAGGAACUUCUGAAAGAAUAUGGAGAAUUCAAAGUACCUGCCAAGCAAACCAAGGAGAAAGUGAAGCUUCUCAUUCAGCUGGCUGAUAGCUUUGUAGAGAAAGGGCAUACUCAUGCCACUGAAAUUAGGAAAUGGGUUACCACCGUCGACAAACGCUAUCGGGACUUUUCACUGAGGAUGGGGAAAUACCGCUACUCUUUGGAAAAAGCUCUUGGAAUCAAUACAGAGGAUAACAAGGACCUGGAAUUAGACAUCAUUCCAGCAAGUCUGUCAGAUCGCGAAGUGAAGCUGCGUGAUGCCAAUCACGAAGCUAAUGAAGAAAAAAGGAAGUCAGCCAGAAAGAAAGAAUUCAUCAUGGCUGAACUGCUUCAGACUGAGAAGGCCUAUGUCAGGGAUUUACAUGAAUGUUUAGAGACCUAUCUUUGGGAAAUUACAAGUGGCGUAGAGGAGAUACCCCCAGGGAUUCUUAACAAAGAGCACAUAAUUUUUGGCAACAUCCAGGAGAUUUAUGACUUUCAUAAUAACAUUUUUCUGAAAGAACUGGAAAAAUAUGAACAACUCCCUGAAGAUGUGGGUCAUUGCUUUGUCACCUGGGCAGAUAAAUUUCAGAUGUAUGUUACCUACUGUAAAAACAAGCCUGACUCCAGCCAGCUAAUCCUAGAACAUGCAGGAACAUUCUUCGACGAAAUUCAGCAGAGGCAUGGUCUGGCCAACUCCAUUUCCUCAUACUUAAUCAAACCUGUCCAGAGGAUUACCAAAUACCAGCUUUUAUUGAAGGAGCUUCUAACAUGCUGUGAAGAAGGGAAGGGAGAACUCAAGGAUGGUUUGGAAGUGAUGCUCAGUGUUCCCAAGAAAGCCAAUGAUGCCAUGCAUGUUAGCAUGUUGGAAGGAUUUGAUGAAAAUCUGGAUGUUCAGGGAGAACUGAUCCUUCAAGAUUCCUUUCAAGUGUGGGACCCCAAAUCUCUCAUCCGGAAGGGUCGUGAGAGACAUUUGUUUCUCUUUGAAAUUUCUCUUGUUUUCAGCAAAGAGAUCAAAGAUUCUGCAGGGCACACUAAAUAUGUUUACAAGAACAAAUUACUGACCUCAGAGCUGGGAGUGACAGAGCAUGUGGAAGGAGAUCCCUGCAAAUUUGCCUUGUGGUCUGGACGGACUCCCUCCUCAGAUAACAAAACAGUGCUGAAAGCAUCCAGUAUUGAAACAAAACAAGAGUGGAUAAAAAAUAUUCGGGAAGUGAUUCAGGAAAGGAUGAUACACUUAAAGGGAGCCUUGAAAGAGCCAAUACAGCUCCCCAAAACCCCAGCAAAGCAAAGAAACAACAGUAAGAGAGAGGGAGGAGAAGAUGCCGACAGCCAAGGAGAUGGGAGCAGUCAGCCAGACACAAUUUCAAUUGCAUCCAGAACUUCUCAAAAUACAGUGGACAGUGACAAGCUGUCUGGAGGAUGUGAACUAACUGUGGUACUACAAGACUUUAUAGCCAGCCAUAGUAGUGAGCUGAGUAUCCAGGUGGGGCAAACGGUGGAGUUACUGGAAAGGCCAAGUGAAAGACCCGGCUGGUGUUUGGUACGGACAACAGAGCGGAGUCCUCCUCAGGAAGGGCUGGUCCCCAGCAGUGCUCUCUGUAUCUCACAUUCCCGGAGCAGUGUGGAGAUGGACUGUUUCUUCCCUUCAGGAAAAGAUUCCUAUUCAGCAUCCUCUAAUGAAAAUGGAGGGAAAUCUGAAUCGGUGGCCAAUUUGCAGCCUCAUUCAUCCAUCAAUUCCAUCCAGAGCUCCCCUGGUCCAAAGCGCUCUACCAACACACUGAAGAAAUGGCUAACCAGUCCAGUACGCCGAUUGAAUAGUGGAAAGGCAGACAGUAACAUCAAGAAGCAGAAGAAAGUGCGCGAAGGAAGGAAAAGCUUUGACCUGGGAUCCCCCAAGCCUGGAGACGAGACCACGCCUCAGGGAGACAGUGCAGAUGAGAAGAGCAAGAAAGGUUGGGGCGAAGAUGAGCCAGAUGAAGAAUCUCAUACACCACUCCCUCCUCCUAUGAAGAUUUUUGAUAAUGAUCCCACACAAGAUGACAUGUCCUCCUCUUUGCUAGCUGCUCGACAGAGCAUCUCCGAUGUCCCAACUGCAGCGGAUCUUGUCAGUGCAAUAGAAAAACUGGUCAAAAGCAAGCUGAAUCCCAUGACAGCUGAUCUAGAAAACCAGUUUAAGCACUGCUUACAAACAUUAGAAGGAGGCUCCUACCGGGGAAGCUUAAAGGAUUCCACUGGAUGCUUGAACGAAAAUGUGACGCCUUCAACUCCUCCUUCAAGAAACCUUGAAGAAGAACAAAAAGCCAAAGCUAUGAGAGGCAGGAUGUUUGUUUUAAAUGAACUUGUACAGACAGAGAAAGACUAUGUCAAAGACUUAGGAAUUGUGGUGGAGGGAUUCAUGAAAAGGAUAGAAGAAAAAGGUGUUCCUGAAGACAUGAAAGGGAAAGACAAGAUAGUGUUCGGUAACAUUCACCAGAUCUAUGACUGGCACAAAGAUUUUUUUCUCGCUGAACUGGAAAAGUGCCUUCAAGAGCAUGACCGUUUAGCACAGCUCUUCAUCAAACAUGAGAGGCGAUUACACAUGUAUGUGGUGUACUGUCAAAACAAACCAAAAUCUGAAUAUAUAGUAGCGGAAUGUGGUGCAUAUUUUGAGGAGGUGCAACAAGAAAUAAACCAGCGGCUAACUCUCAGUGACUUCUUAAUAAAGCCCAUUCAAAGAAUAACCAAGUACCAGCUGCUACUCAAGGAUUUUCUAAAAUACAGUGAAAAAGCUGGGCUGGAAUGUUCAGAGACAGAGAAAGCUGUGGAGCUGAUGUGCCUUGUUCCUAAACGCUGCAAUGACAUGAUGAACCUGGGUCGUCUUCAGGGCUUUGAGGGCAAGCUGGCAGCCCAAGGGAAGUUGCUACAGCAGGAUACAUUCUAUGUAAUGGAGCAGGAUUCUGGAGGUCUCUCUCGGCCAAAAGAACGCAGAGUUUUCCUCUUUGAGCAAAUUGUCAUCUUUAGUGAACUUCUGAGGAAAGGCUCUCUAACACCUGGGUACCUGUUUAAGCGAAGCAUAAAGAUGACAUACCUAAUCCUUGAGGAUAAUGUGGACAAUGAUCCAUGCAAAUUUGCACUCAUGAGUCGGGAAACGUCAGAAAGGCUCAUUUUGCAGGCAGCCAAUCCUGAAAUCCAGCAAGCUUGGGUGGAGGAUAUCAAUCAAGUGCUGGACACACAGAGGGACUUUUUAAAUGCACUACAGUCUCCUAUAGAGUACCAGCGCAAAGAAAACAGCAGUUCUGCUGUAAUGAGACCCCAGACCAGCAGGGUACCUCAGCCCAUCACCAGACCCUAUUCCUCAGGUCCAGUAGGGUCGGAUAAACCUUUGAAGGCUACAAUGCGUAACCCAUCUCUUCCACCUCUGAAAAUAUCUACCUCCAAUGGCAGCACAGGGCAUGAGCAGCACCAGCCUGGGGACAAAUAUGAACUAAUCAAGAAUGACUUGGGUGGGUGCAAUGGGACCUCUUCUAUGGUGGUCAUCAAAGAUUACUAUGCACUGAAGGAGAAUGAAAUCUGUGUCAACCAGGGUGAGGUGGUCCAAGUACUUGCCAUUAACCAGCAGAACAUGUUCCUUGUGUACCAGCCUGCCAAUGACCAUUCACCAGCAGCAGAAGGAUGGAUCCCAGGGAAUAUAUUGGCUCCCCUCACUAAAUCAACUACAGAUAAUAGCGAUGGAGGCAUAAAGAAGUCAUGUUCAUGGCAUACCCUGCGCAUGAGAAAGCGGGCAGAAAAGGAAAGCAGUGGCAAAACUGAAGCCAAUGGCCUACGUAAACCCAAGGAUAUUCUGGGCAACAAAGUCUCUGUUAAAGAGACAAACAGUUCAGAGGAGUCAGAAUGUGAUGACCUUGAUCCCAACACUAGCAUGGAGAUCAUCAACCCAAACUUCAUCCAGGAAGUUGCUCCAGAGUUUCUCGUGCCCUUAGUGGACAUCACCUGCUUGCUUGGUGACACGGUAAUGUUGCAGUGCAAAGUCUGUGGGCGACCAAAGCCAACCAUAACCUGGAAAGGACCAGAUCAGAACAUCCUUGACAACGACAACAGCACAGCUGCAUAUGCAGUUUCCUCCUGCGAUUCAGGUGAAAUCACUCUGAAGAUCUGUAAUGUGAUGCCUCAAGACAGCGGUAUUUAUACUUGUGUGGCAACAAAUGAGCUUGGAACAGCGUCCACUUCAGCUACAAUAAAAGUACAAGGUGUCCCUGCAGCCCCAAAUCGCCCUAUUGCUCAGGAAAGAAGCUGCACCUCGGUGAUUCUUCGCUGGCUGCCUCCAUCCAGUACAGGGAACUGCACCAUUUCAGGUUACACAGUGGAGUACAGAGAAGAAGGCUCACAGGUCUGGCAGCAGUCUGUUGCCUCCACCUUGGACACCUACCUCGUUAUUGAAGAUCUCACACCUGGAUGCCAAUAUCAGUUCCGAGUCAGCGCCAGCAACCCCUGGGGAAUCAGUUUGCCCAGCGAAGCCUCUGAGUUUGUGAAACUUCCAGAAUACGACUCUGCAGCAGAUGGAGCCACUGUGACCUGGAAAGAGAACUUUGAUUUCGCCUACACAGAACUGAAUGAGAUUGGAAGGGGUCGAUUUGCUGUUGUAAAGAAAUGUAUCCACAAAGCCACCAGGAAGGAUGUUGCAGUGAAGUUCAUCAAUAAAAAAAUGAAGAAGGAGGAGCAGGCAGCACAUGAGGCAGCCAUGUUGCAACAUUUGCAGCAUCCUCAGUAUAUCACUAUUCAUGACACCUAUGAGUCACCUUCCUCCUAUAUAUUAAUUUUAGAACUGAUGGAUGAUGGCCGUCUCUUGGACUACUUAAUGAAUCAUGAUGAAUUGAUGGAGGAGAAAGUAGCUUUUUACAUAAGAGACACAAUGGAAGCCUUACAGUACCUUCACAACUGCCGAGUCGCUCAUUUGGAUAUAAAGCCAGAAAAUUUGCUCAUUGACUUGCGAAUCCCGGUGCCUCGCGUUAAGCUAAUAGACCUGGAAGAUGCUGUUCAAAUCACUGGUCAUUACCAUGUUCAUCAUCUGCUUGGAAACCCUGAAUUUGCUGCUCCAGAAGUUAUCCAAGGUGCUCCUGUUUCGCUGGGCACAGAUAUUUGGAGCCUGGGUGUGCUCACCUAUGUCAUGCUGAGUGGUGUGUCCCCCUUUCUGGAUGAAAGCAGGGAGGAGACUUGCAUCAACGUGUGCCGAGUGGACUUCAGCUUUCCCAAUGAGUACUUCUGUGAUGUAAGCCAUGCUGCCAGAGACUUCAUCACUGUCAUCCUUCAGGAAGACUUCAGGAGGCGGCCAACAGCAGCCACUUGUCUGCAGCACCCUUGGCUGCAGUUUCACAACGGCAGCUAUUCCAAAAUCCCACUGGAUACCUCACGCCUAUCCAGCUUCAUUGAACGCCGCAAACACCAGUUUGAUGUGCGGCCAAUUCCCAAUGUUAAGAGCUUCAUAAUGAGCAGGAUGAACCCAGGAAUAUAAUGCAAUACAAGUACUUUGAUUUGACACUGAAGCACCGUGGCGUGUGAAAAGAGAGAAGGUGGAAUCUAUGUCUGUGUAAAGUAUUCUAGUUGAUGUGAUGUCAAAGAAAGUGUAUGUACUUUUCCAGCAGUUGCAUUAUCUAACUGGUUAGAACUAGAGGCUUUCAGAUGUUGCAUAUGCAACUCCUCGUGUGGCUUAUCUUGCAAUGAUGAAGUCAUGUCAAAUACAGAAGAAUAUUUUAGAAAAAUACAUCAUUUGAAAAUGGUAACCAAAACACCAUUGCCUUACUUUUGAAAGGCAGCCUUCUAAAAGACCUGGACACCCUUGCUGAUCUUAUUAAACUUUAACUCAUGUAUUUGAAAGGCAACGGAAAGUAAAGAAAUAAAACUAGGCUGACCCUCCACAGUCAGCAUUUCCUGAAACAACAACACUGGACUAGAUUCGAGAUUUUGCAGAAAUAGUUGCUCCUCAAGUCCUAAUGAAGCUCUGUUUCACUAGGAGAAUUCCACUUGUCUUCAAUAAGAAUUAACCUUGUGGCAGAAUUGUUUUUUUAUGGCCCUUGUGCUAUCAUAAUGUCAGCUUUGCCUGUAAAGUGACUUAGGUAUGCCGUAUUGGUCAGGAUCAUAGUAUACCUUUGUCAAAAGUCCUUUGGAUUCUCCAGCAUUCACAUGUUCAAAGCUAACAUACUGUAAAGUAGCAAUGUGCUACGGCUAAGAUGGUAAAUUCACUGGAACAAAAAAUGUUUUGAUGAAGCACAAUGAGACAUUUUUUAAAGUAAAUUUUUAUAGCUCUUGUACAGACUUUUUUGUGAAACCUGUGUGUUGAGAAAAGGCUAUGUUACAAUAAUUACUGUUAUCUGUAAACUAGAUGUCAAAGACUUUUUCUAUUGCAGAAUGUUUGUUGAAUUCUCAUAUAGUCUGUAAAAUGAAAAGGAAUCUUAUUCCUUUUUCAGUUUUAAAAGUUGAUCAGUUGUGAAAUCAAUCCAAAGUUGGCCAAAGUGUGGUAAACAUAGUGGGUCCAUCCUUACAAUUAUUGCUUCAAAAUUAGUCUUGAUGUGUGAGACUGGUAGUUUACUGCAUAUUUGUACACAUGCAUCUCUCUUCCUAGCUCCAGAAUCCUAACUUCUAUGCUAGCAUAUUUGUUCCAUCCCAAACUCUGGUGUUAAAUAACAAUUCAAAAAAGACUAUUAAUAUAAAAAGUCAUUGUAAUGGUCCAUUAUUGUGCACUAAACACGCCACUAACUUAAUAGCCCCUUAUAAAUCAUCAAAGUAUUUUCAAACUAAGAAGCUUUUGAAUAGUUCCAAAUUGCAGUUAUCUCAAAUUAAUAUUGUAAGAACUAGUCCAGCUUUUCACACCAAGAGGAAUUUAGUGCCAAGACAGUGACUGACCAUAUCCUAAUCAUUUAGAAA